AUGAUCAGCUGCAUGAUUAAGGAGAUCUCUGAUACACACACGCGGAAGCGACAGCAGCGCAGUAAGACAUACUUCCCUUCAUUGGGUCGGCGUAUUUCGCCGCAGGGUCAGACUGGGGCGCAAGGUCUUUUUAACAGCUGGAAGGCCUCUUUUGCCGCCGCACUAUAA